AUGAGGAAGCGGUUCGAUUCUGACAGCAACGCUAUGAUUGUGAAGGUGAUUGAGCAUAUGAAGAAGAGAGUCUACACCGUCAUCAGUAUGAACGCUACGCCGCAUCUGUUGGUCGUGAUCGUUCCUUGUGAGAAGAAGCAGGCGGAUUUUCCGGAGGGGAUGUGGGAUGAGCCUGAGGGGUUGUAG